AAGCGUAUAAUGUAUGUUAGUUUGAUGUAAUCCCGACAACAAACCAAACAUUAAAAAAUUACAACACUUUAACACAACGUACGCGGUAUACUAAUUACUAAUUACAACACUAUAUACGUUACGUAACUCAAACUAAAAUACCAAUUUCAUUCACGUCGCACAGAACAAGGAAAUGUCAAUCGAUGAAAAGAACAUCCAAGCAGCGAAAUCGAACGCGACGGACAAACCGUAUCCUGGAAUCGUCCUUGAUUAUCGUCCGAUCGCUGAAGCUUUCGGCAUAGAGCCGCGUCCGACCGACUACAUCGACCACUCGAUUACGCGGCAUUGCAAUCACCGUGCUCCGCGGUGCAGCGCCGGAAGCGAUAGCUGCUGCAGCAACACCGGCCAGAGCUGCGGCCGCCGGAACUCCAGGACGUCCAAUACCGGACGCGGGCCGCGGGACGACGAAUCCGGCGGCCGAUUGCCGCCUUCGAGUCCGGUGUUCCAGGAUCAGGGCGUCUUGCAAUCCGCCCAGCCCGUUCGCGCCAGGGUACCGAUCCCGUGUCCGUGCAGUCCCGAACCGUCCAGAGGACAGGACCGGUCAGGUUUGUCGUCCGGGCGAAUUCCACUGGACAGGCGCGGCACCUACGACGUGCAACAGCCACCGUGCGGUGAUCUAAGCACCCGGCGGUGCGAUUACGACGUGGAGCCGGAGCCGCGGAACUGUUCGGGGCAGGACGGACGGCGUGCCACUUACGACGUGCCGCAACCGUGUGCAGCGUCGCAAAACGAUCGACGGGGCACUUACACCGUGUCGCAACCGUGUGCAGCGUCGCAAAGCGAUCGGCGGGGCACUUACACCGUGUCGCAACCGUGUGCAGCGUCGCAAAGCGAUCGGCGGGACACUUACAACGUGUCGCAACCGUGUGCAGCGUCGCAAAGCGAUCGGCGGGGCACUUACAACGUGUCGCAACCGUGCGCCCCUCCCCAAAACGAUCGACGGAACACCGGUCACAGCAACGUACAGACCAUACCGUUCUCGAUGACCGGCACCAUCCAGCUGAACGGGUUCGAACAGCUGUCGCCGGUGCGACGGCCGCCGCUCAACAGGUCGUCGUCGUGCAACAGGUUGCACGACACGGACGGCGACAUCGACGACUUUCUCGACAAUCAUCUCGACUACGACAUGGUGGCACCGCGGGCUGUGGCGCUGCCCGGUCAGCCGUACGUGAACAUCGACGAGUCGGCGGCCAAUACGACGCCCGAGGCCUGGCGCCUGACGAUGCACGACCGCAGCUCGUUGGAUUCGUCGCGACCGAUGGGAAUCCCGAGUCCCGCGUGCGACUACGGCGGCUGCAGGUCGCGCGCCCAGUCGGCCGACUCGUCGGCACCGCGCCGGUGGUCGUCGGCCGACCGCCAGUCCCGGCCGUUCGGCCUCAACGAUUCGUUCGCCAUGAACGGCGGGUCCGCGCCGCGCGACCGCCAGUCGAGAGCCAGAUCCGCCGCGCCCGCGUGUAGCUCGUCGUCCCGCAACAACCGCAGGCGCGACACUUUCGACCGGAACACCCGCUAGACGAUGGCGUUGCGCAUAAACUAUUUGCUCGAUGUCGUACGCACGGUUUUCCGAAAAGUCAAGUAUCACCGCGCCGUUUUAAUAUUAUUUAAGUCACGAAUCGAUAUAAUAAUGUAUCUAAGCUCCGUUUUUUCAACAGCAAUAUUACGAAAAAAGGCAUUCGUCGACGAUCGGAAUUAGCUUACAGAUAAACUACGUUUAAAUAAUUUUAUUCACAUUACCACGGGAGUGACGGAUGAGAAAUUUGUAAACUUGUGAAUUCGGCUUCUUUGUAAUAUAAUGUAUAAUACGACAUUAACUAUACAUUUGAGUGUCGUGUUCGAGACCUUCAGAGUGCGAAAUCAUUGGUUUUAUAAAUAAAUUUAUAAAAACGCAA